ACCCAGCGGAAACGGCGCCAUCUUGCGUGAGGGCAGCGGCGCUGCCGCCGCCAUCUUUGCUGCGGGCGCGGCCGGGGGGGGACUUUGCCCGCGUCCCCUCGGUAUCGCCAACAGGGCAUGCUGCGGGUGCUGCCCCGCCCCCCCCUUCACCUCCUGCGCCCGGGUCCCCAUCGUGUCCCCCAACGUCCCCACGGCUUCACCACCCCCAGCAGCCCCCCCAGACCCAUGGCGCGUCCCCCGCGGGCGCUGGUGGCCGUGGCGCAGGUGACAUCGACGCCGGACAAGGAGCGGAACUUCGCGGGCUGUGCCGCGCUGGUGCGGGAGGCGGCGGGUCGCGGCGCCACCAUCGUCUUCCUCCCCGAGGGCUUCGACUUCAUCGGCACCGACCCGGCGCAGACGCUGAGCUUGGCCGAGAGCCUGGACGGGGACAUCAUGGGACGAUACGCCAACCUGGCCAGGGAGUGCGGCGUGUGGCUGUCGCUCGGUGGCUUCCACGAGCGUGGCAAGGACUGGGCCACCACCCAGCGCAUCUACAACUGCCACGCGCUGCUGGACCCCACUGGUCAGCUGGUGGCUGCCUAUAGGAAGACCCACCUGUGUGACGUGGAGCUGGAGGGACGCGUCUCCAUGAAGGAGAGCGGCUUCACCAACCCUGGCGCUGAGAUUGUGCCACCUGUCAGCACCCCGGCCGGGAAGCUCGGCCUUGCCGUCUGCUACGACCUGCGGUUCCCGGAGCUGUCGCUGGCGUUGCGCCAUGCCGGUGCCGACAUCCUCACCUACCCCUCAGCCUUCACCUUCCCCACCGGCGCCGCGCACUGGGAGGUGCUGCUGCGGGCGCGGGCCAUCGAGACCCAGUGCUACGUGGUGGCGGCGGCGCAGACGGGGCAGAACCACGAGCGCCGCGUGUCCUACGGCCACUCGCUGGUGGCCGAUCCCUGGGGGACCGUGGUGGCUCAGUGCAGUGACACCCCCGGGCUCUGCUACGCCAACAUCGACCUCGAGUACCUGCAGCGCGUCCGCCGCCAGAUCCCGGUGCACCAACACCGGCGCCACGACCUGUACGGCACCACGACGCCCCCCUCGAUGCAUUAACACCCAAAUCCACUCCGUUUCAGAGCGUUUCGCCCCAAAACGCAGCAGCGGGAUGCGCACGGGGCUCCCCGUGCCGCUGCCACAGGGGUGUCCCCCCAAAUCUGUGUCCCCCCCCCGUUUUUGGGUGCGCUUGGUGGGGGUCGGGAAGGAAGGAAGGAGGCGGGCGCUGCGGUCGCUGUUUAUUCCGAGAAACCCGAAGCUACACAGGGAACGGGACGUUAAGAGUGAAGUUUUAAAAAAUACAGAAAUCACAGAAAUUACA